UCCUGGCUCCGCCCACUAGAGACAGCAGAUUACACAGAGAGAGCGCAGGCCGGAGAGAGAGCUGAAGAAGAGGCCUGACAGAGAGAUAGAGAUCCCUGGGGAAGAGAGACAGCUGUGUUUGACACCAGAGAGAGGAGUGACACCAGAGAGAAAGAGACUGCAAGCACCUCCAGGGACGGCGAGACAUCGCUCUGUCAGGAUGAGACACCGCCGCUAAUAAGAGAGAGAAAGACCGCCGAAUGUCCAUCGUCUGAAAAUCAGGGUCACCAUGUCUGAAGGAAUUAUGAGUAAAGCUGCCACCAUGGAGAUCCCCAUCAGCAGCAAUGGUGUCUCCGGGACCCUGAAUGAAGAUGAGAGUUUGGAGCAGGAUCUGCAACAAGUUAUGGUUUCUGGGCCGAACCUGAACGAGACGAGUAUAGUGUCCGGUGGAUACGGCGGGAGCACUGAGGGGAUCAUUCCCACCGGCAGCAUGAAGGGCUCCAUGUCUCAGCAAUCUUCACACGCGUCUCUCACCUCUGAAGAGCUCUCUCGAGGAGUCGCCGUGGAGAAAUUUGACUUGAUGAAGAAAUGGGGCAUCAAUACUUACAAAUGCACAAAGCAGUUGAUCUCGGAGAGGUUUGGCCGUGGCUCUCGCACAGUGGAUUUGGAGCUGGAGACUCAGAUUGAACUCUUAAGGGACACGAAAAGGAAAUACGAAGGAGUCUUGCUGCUGGCCAGAGCCCUGACCUCUCAUUUCUACAGCCUGGUUCAGACGCAGCGAGCGCUGGGAGACGCCUUCUCCGACCUCAGUCAGAAGUCACCAGAGUUGCAGGAAGAGUUUGGCUACAAUGCAGAGACUCAGAAGCUCCUGUGUAAAAACGGGGAGACACUGCUGGGGGCCAUUAACUUCUUUGUGUCCAGCAUCAACACCCUCAUCAACAAGACCAUGGAAGACACCCUGAUGACCGUCAAGCAAUACGAGACAGCCAGACUUGAAUUUGAUGCUUAUCGAGCCGACUUGGAGGAGCUGAGUCUGGGCCCACGGGAUGCAGCCACCUUGUGCCGCAUUGAGAUCGCCCAACAAAACUUCCAGAUACAUCGUAACAAAUACGAGAAGCUGCGAGGAGAUGUAACCAUAAAACUGCGCUUCCUGCAGGAAAAUAAGGUGAAGGUCAUGCACAAGCAGCUGCUUCUCUUCCAUAAUGCCAUCUCCUCCUAUUUUGCUGGGAAUCAACAACAACUGGAAGCUUCACUGCAGCAGUUUAACAUCAAGCUUAGCAGUGCGGCCAGUGACAAACCCUCGUGGCUGGAGGAGCAGUGACUCCCUCCCCCCCGUCUGUACAUUUGUGAUUGCGUGCGUUAUAUAUAUGUCAUUGUUGGUGUGCAUGAAGGAUAGGAGUACUGUGUGGGAAUGCAAGUGUUGAUGUAUGAGUAUUGUUCAGGUCCCAAAGAGUGUGUGAUCGGUGUGUUUCUGAGUCUGACAGUUGGCGUUUUUACAGCUUGCAGUGCAGAUCACAAGAAUUCAUAUUUACUUUUUAAUCAAGUUGUCCAUUAAAACCAUUUCUGCUGCUUUGAGUGAUCUGGGCCAGUGUUAGUCAAUGACCCUGGGCCAUAUUCUGAGUAUAGUUACGAUGGAGUAUCUCAGGAAACUCCGUCGUAUCUCUCUUUUUUGACCCGCGU